AUGUCUGCCGACGCGCCUCCCGCAGCUGCAAGUACAGCGAAUGACGAUUAUCAGUCACUAUGGGCGAACAAAUACCGCGGAGCAACAGUAGAAGACCUUGAGCCUCCGCCCGCGCUAUCAUGUCGACCGACAGACCCCAUCUCGCACGCUCUCAUGUCGGGCCUCGAACGCGACUACACGCAUCUCACCGUCACAUCUGAAAACCGCGCGCUGCUCGGCUACAUCAGCAUUCCCCGCCUCCAACAGCUCCUCAAAGAAGGCAAGGUCAAGGACAGCGACCCGGUGGAGGCGGCGAUGCAGAAAUUCCGAAGACGCGGCACAAAGUACAAGGUCAUCAGUCUGGAGACACCGUUGGAGGAGCUGGAGGAGUUUUUCAAUGGCGGAGUGGAUGGGUCGGGGAAGCAGGACUUUGCGGUUGUGACGGACGGGUCGAGGAAGUUUGUGCUGGGCGUGGCGACGAAGGAGGAUCUGGAGAGCUUUGUGAAGAGGAGAGGUUGA